CAAAGAUGGCUGCGCCCAUGGCGCAGACGAAUGUCCCAGUACCUGUGAACAAAAAUGCCGAGAAAAAGACAAAAUCUUGUAAAAGUCGGAGAGAAACAGCGGUACAAGGAACCAAUGAUAGUUCUAUUGUCAGCAAGUGUUCCAUGGCCAGCGCUGGUUACUUCACGGACCCCUAUCUCCAUUGCUUUGUCUCAAAGACAACAAGACGGUCGCCACUUAUCCAUAGGGGUUAUUAUAUCCGGGCAAAGGCUGUGGAUUUCUUCCUAAGAAAGUUUCUAGAAACCUUCCCUCAGAGAAAUCAGAUUAUUUCCCUUGGUGCUGGAUUUGACUCGACAUAUUUUCGUCUUAAAUCAGAGGGAGUGUUGGAAAACACUUCAUUUUAUGAGGUGGAUUUUCCUGAUGUGGUACAACGUAAAAAUUCUGUGAUUCAAAGCAACAAGGACUUGAAGAAUUUGAUUCCAGGACUGAUGACCCAGGGAGCCAAGGAAAAUCCUCUGAUUGAAAUCAACACAGAUGAAUAUAAACUAUUAGGGGUGGAUCUAACCCAGCUGAACACAUUUGAGGCAUGUCUAAAUCUGUGUGGGGUGGACUGGGACACGCCCACCUUAUUAUUGUCAGAAUGUGUGAUGACUUACAUGACAAGAAGAUGUUCUUCUGCUGUAGUGAAAUGGGCAGGAGAAACAUUUUCUGAGGCUGUUUUUAUUUUGUAUGAACAGAUAAACCCAAAUGAUGCUUUUGGAAAGUUCAUGCAGAGCCACUUUCAGUUGAUUGGCUCACCACUGAAAUGCAUCAAUGCCUUCCCCACACUUCAAGCCCAGAGGGAUCGCUUUCUGAAUCUGGGUUGGAGUCGGAGUGAGGCAGCUGACAUGAACCAUUUUUAUAGAGAGUUGGUGCCACCCAGUGAACAGCAGCGUGUGGAGUCACUGGAGCCGUUUGAUGAGUACGAGGAAUGGCACCUUAAGUGUAACCACUACAUGAUAGUCAGCGCCGCCAACACGGACAGCUUCCCCACUCUCUUGUCUGACAUCCAGACUUCACAUAACCCAGGAAUCAGAGACUGCAUCACUGUGGAGGGAGGGGAUACCUCUAACAGUAUAUGGAGGUUUGGACACAGCAGCCUGUUGCUAGGAGAUGGACACUCAUUGGUCAGUUUUGGGGGAUUUGGGGAGGAGAGAGGUAAACACUGCAGGAUUCUGGAUCUGACUGUCACCAAUAUCAGGACAUCUCAGUCCUACGUAGUACCAGUCAAGGUCAACCCAAGGGAAGUUCAAGUUAGCAGAAUGCAUGAUCAGAGUAUCUUACUGAGGGAUGGAUCUGUUAUUUUGGUGGGUGGUAGAAUGUCUCCAGUUCGUCUCUGUAACCAAGUUUUGAAGAUUGAGUUCACCCCCAUUACUGAAGGUCAAACAAGGUCGACUGUACUGUGUACAAAGUGUGGAAACACCACUGAGGCUGUGUGUGAUCGGAAAGAAAAUACGUGUCCUGAGGAAUAUGUUCUAGUGGAGGGAAAUCAUUCUGAGAUGUGUAGGCAAAGUUAUGAAGCAGGCUUAAUAAUGAAGCAAAUAGAAGGAAUAAAAGACACAUGUUCAUCAGUGCAUGAUAGACCUGAAUUACAGGGCAACAAUUGUGAAAGACAAACCAGAAAAGAGAAUGUGUUAGAAAAUAAUGAUGAGGAGGAAGGUGAAAGACCUGAAAUGAAUUGUCAAAGUGAUAUGUUGAAUUCAGAAUAUGUUAGACCUGAUAAAAUUAAAGGAAAUAUAGUGAUGGAGAAAAAUUCAAAUUGUGAAUGUGAUGAGGAUAAAAAUAUUUGUACUCCUAAUAAAUCUGUUGAGGAGGAGAAAAUAAGACAAUACUCAGGGGUCCAAAUACAGGAAGUGAUAACUAGUGGGGACACACCCUCUCCCCGCUGGAGGCAUGCUGCUGUGCUGAUCAAGCAGGAAGAUCAUGACCUUCUGUACUUGCAUGGAGGAAGGACAGACAAAGAACUGGCCCUGGACGAUAGUUACCUGAUGGACACAGAUUCUUUUACCUGGACAAAAAUAGAGGACACAAGUCCAGGAAAGAGACAGUCCCAUACUGCCUCUCUGUGGAGAGAUCAGGUGAUCAUAGCAGGGGGUGUGGACCAGACACUUCAGCCUUUGGACUCGGUCCAUACCUUCAGUAUCCAGACUAGACAGUACACACAGUUACAGCUACAAGGAAAUCUCCUGUCCAGGUACUCCCAUACGGCCCAUGUGAUUAAUGAUCACCUGAUACUUGUGGGAGGAGUCAAUGUCAAUCACUCGGUACCAGGCGUGGCCUUUAUUGAUAUUGAGAAGAAGAAAGCAACAGAGUUUGAAAUCCCUAGAGAGUAUGGAAAUCAGCUCCUUAUGUUACACAAACACACUAGCUGUUACCUUGGUAACAACAGAAUCCUGGUGAUUGGUGGAGGUGGAAACUGCUUCUCAUUUGGAACUUAUCUGAAUUGUUCCCCGUUGGAGAUCGAUCUCACCAGAGGCUGGGAAAUUCUUCAUAAUGAAAUGUGAUAUUAAUAAAUGUCUGCCUUGUUAUGUUACCAGUACAAGUUGUAAGGACAUGUUGAAAAUGUUACUAUUUAAAUUUUUAUUAUUAUUAUUAAUUUUAAUUGAGAGAAUUUUAUUUCAAUAAAGGAUGUAAUUAGCAUACA